CCACGCUCUUUCUUAUUCACUCCUGGGCCCUGCUAUACUAAUUCCCUGCCGCUCUUUUUGAAACACCCCCCGUACCGACCACCGCAUUCGCUCCUUUCCACGCCUGCUUGUCUGCCUGUCUGCCUGUCUGCCUGUCCGCCUGUCCGCCUGCCUUCCUCUUUGGGCUUCUUCGUGGCGGGCCCUCCUUCCCCAUCCGCAUCUAUACUCGCUAAUUGUAAACUUUCCAUGGCAGCAGCCCGCCACUGCUAGCCUCGCCCUCUCCAUAGUCGCCAUGCGCUUCUCCUACUCUUAUUUCUUAAUAUGUCUGGCUCUUGUCGCCUGCUUGCAGUCUGCCAGCGCUGCUCCCCAUGAUGCCGUGCGCCGUCAAGACGACACUCGUGCAGACGACGCGCCCGCCUCUACCGCACAAGAGGCUUCUUCUUCUCAGCGACCCACAGUGACGCCUACGCCUACGCCGACGCCGACGCCUUCCCAACUAUCAUCGGCAGUUCCCUCGUCCUCCGCCAAGUCUUCAGCGCCAGCCAGCACCCCCACCGAGGUCCCUUCAGUCCCUUCAGCAGAGCCUGCGCCUAAGCCGGCCCCCUCGAGCGAGCCUGCCAAAAAUGACAGCCCACUUCCCAUCCCCCCAAAGCUCACGCCUGCCAUGGGAAUCACUGGCGUCAUAUUACUACUCACUGGCUUGGCAUACGGCAUUGUAGGCAUCAAACAGAAAAUGGUAUACGUCUUCGGUUCUGCUGCUUAUCUGACGGCACUUGCUGUUACUGUUCUAAUCAUCUACUUAAUGAACCCGCCUGUCUCCAAUGCAAUUCAAGGCGCUUUUUUCGUGGCGGCCUUCUUCACGGGCACCAUCUUUGGCGCCCUGUCGCUCGUCUUUGUCGACAUGACCGAGGGGUUUGGCUGUCUGCUGGGUGGUUUCUGCCUGAGCAUGUGGUUUCUCAGUCUCAAAGACGGCGGUCUAAUCUCUUCGGGUGCCGGCCGAGCCAUUUUCAUCGGUUGCAUGUCUACUGCAGGCUAUCUACUCUCCUUCAGUCGCUACACGCGCGGCUACGCCCUCAUUGGGUCGAUUGCCUUUUCUGGCGCCACGGCAGCUAUUCUUGGAAUCGACUGCUUGGCGGGUGCUGGGUGGAAGGAGUUUUGGCUCUAUCUGUGGGAUCUCAAUGACUCCAUAUUCCCGUUGGACACGAACACGUAUCCAGUCACCCGGAAUAUGAAAGCCGAACUAGCUGGAGUCGUCAUCAUCGCUGUGGCUGGAAUCAUCUCUCAGUUGCGCGUGUGGAAAAUGGUCAAAGAGCAUCGUGCAAAGGAUGCUGCUCAGCAACUUGAGAGACAGCAGGACCUGGACCGCGAAGAGGAGGAGCGAGGCCGCAAGAUUGAGGACGAGCUCCAGAAAGAACGUGCCCAGUGGGAAGCAGCUUACGGCGGAAAAGGCCUGUCCGACUCCAGCCCUCGAUCGUCCAUGGUCAGUCCCAAAGGCUCCACUAGCGUCGAAGAAAAAGAACUCCUCAGCACGGACAAUGUGGGAAUGGCUUCAUAUGGUGGCGCCAACAAGGCUGCAGGGGGCGUGGUCACUGUCAGCGUGCUCCAGGAUGACGAUAUCCAGCAAAUCGACGCACAAGGCAAUCCCAUCGUGCACGACAACAGCGCCAUGGUUCCCGAGGCUGAAAACGAAAAGACCAUCCCCCAGACGCCCGAAGCACCGCAGCCCGCUGUGAUCAGGAAAGACAGCCGCCGCACGCCACCACCUGUUGUUGUACCACUGCCCUUCACAAUACCAACAGAAGAAAACAACCAGAGCGACGACGACAAUGCCUCGGUUUCUGCUAUUCCUGAGACGGAGCCCGAUGUCAAUGAGCGCCCUCGUGUGUCGAAACGAGUCUCUGAUGUGUCGGCUAUGAGGCAACGCAUCUCACGUGACAUGGGCGUCUCUCAAGAGGUUCUGCUUCUCAGUGAGCAUGCUGACGACGAUGGCGCUUCUUCUGUCGCGGCUACCUUGGAUAAUGACGACGACAUGCUGUCUGUGCGGGAGCUUUCCCCAGUGCAGUCACCCAUUGGCACAGAACGCAAGGACCCCUUUGGCGAGGCUGGUGUUGCAGCAGAUGCGGACGUUGCAAAGGAGCAGCAUGUACAAGGCCCCGCUUCUGACCGAACAAGUCGCUCUUCGGUUACCCCUCAGUCUCCCACGGCUAGUACCAGCCCGACGUCGGAAGAGCAGGACGACAAGUCAUCCGAUGCAGCGAACACGGAGGCGAGAGCAGACACGGUUGUUUCUAGCUCGCAAGCUAGUAAUGCGGAUCGGCACUCAAAGGCAGCACGGUCGGAUGCGCUUUCUCUAGGCUCGCAGGGAGAGCAAGCUGGGCAACGUGUCAGUGUUCUACGGGACGGUGCGUUACCGGACACGCUGUCCAAGGUUGCCUUGUCGUACCGCACCAACGAAUGGGCAAAGCACCUUGAAGCCGCCGAAAAGCCCGACUACGAGGACAUGUUCUUGCCGUCAUCGUCGAGCGUGCUGCUCCCGAAUGGAGUGGAAGAGAAGGCGGCACCCGUCAGCGAGGAGCUGGUGGCGCCUCUGAUGGAAAGCCGGCGCAGCUCCAAGAGGAUUUCGAGCGGCAGCCGGAUACACCGCAACAGCAUUGGUGGCGGGCGAAGCAGCUUAACCUUGUCUCAGGAAUCGCUUGUUGAUCCGCGCUUCUCGACGCGAUCGCCGCCGGCCGCGGUUCUAUCGCGGGCCAACUCCAGGUCACAAGGAGAUGUGCUUGCUCCCUUGCCAACCAAUACGCUAUUGAGCAAGCGGGAGACGCUCAUCAGGAACCGAGCGUCGGCUCUGAUGCUGUCGCCGCACUCUUCGUCGACAACGCUGCUCGCAGAGCAUGGGGACGAGGAAGACAUGACACUGGCGCAACGUCGUCAAUUGCUUCAGCAGCAGUCGACAUUACCCAACGCCUCGAACGAGGGACCUCUGACAUCGCCCAGGAGAGCACCUCCUUCGGCAUCACAAAAGUGGCAGAACAAGGGUUGGGGUGGCAGCGGGGCACCGGCGGGCUUCGACUCGCAUCAGCCCCAGCGUACCAAUAGCGCUCAAUCGGAUCACAAGCGGGAGCAACUGUAUGCAGGAUGGCGCGACUCGAUGCGCGACGUGACACCGCAAUCGACGACGUAUAUUGUGGAGCAACAGCGUGCGGCACUGCUGCAAGAGCGAAGACAAAAGGAAAUGGCCAAGCAGCAGCGCGAACUGGUGCAGCAGCAGCGGGCGAGCCAGAUGGACAGUAUGAUGCGCAGUGGGCAGAUGAUGGAUGCGCAUCGUGAGGCCAUGAGGCGGAUGCAAGCGAAUGCCAACAAGCACGCGUAAGUGGAUUGUGUAGAAAAGGAAGAAGAAGAAGAAGAAGAAGAAGAAGAAGAGGAGGAGG